AUGACGAAGAGCAGUUGCAAGAGAGUGUGGGCACUGGACGCAGCGUUAAACGGUGAGGAAACAGAAGCGAGAGUUCCUGACUCCUCCUACCGCCCCCCAGCGCCCCGUCUCCAGCAGGACUGUGUGGACAACCAGCACAAGCGCCGCUGGGCGUGUGGGCUGGCGGAAAUUUUGCGAGCGUUGGGCAACACGGCGUUUCCUGUGCCUGGUAUGCCUGUGCCUGUAAGGUCCCGUCCCGAUGGCCCCCAUCCCUCCCCCCCGUGGUCCCUGUUGGUCGUCGACGCGGCCAAAGAGAAGGUGCUAAUAACCGCUACCAAAGCUAGCAAGGCUGCAAGUCGAACAAGCCAAGGGGGCGAAAUGGCCAUGGGAGCCUUCCUUACCUUGCCUGGGGGAAUGCGACGCUGCAUUCUCCUGGUCCAACUGUCAGAGUUUGUGAGAGAGCCUGUCCGUACCACAGUAUCCGUAGAGAGCAGAGGUUGA